CUUGUUUAUUUCGUGGACUUGUUGGGGGCGCUGGUCCCAGCGUAUAAAAUUAAGUAAAUACAUUAUAUUACGAGUUGUUACGAUGGCCGAACACAGCCCUGAAGAGACAUCCCAUGUCGCCGAAUUUGACGACGUUUUCAAGCAAAUUAAAUCGUUUGGUCGCUACCAGCAGUAUGUUUACUGGACGAUGUCACUCGCAGCUCUUCCUAACGAUUUUCAUUUCCUAUGCCUUAUUUUUGCUUAUGGGGCUCAAAUGUUUCAGUGCGUGACACCUAAUGUGACAUGCGCGGUCAGCAAGUGCUGUGAUAAUUGCUCGUCGUACUCUUUUAAUGAGGACUUCAGCGCAGUCUCAGAGUGGAAUCUUAUUUGUGACCGAGCAUAUAUCAGUGCUCUAAUGCAGUCCACUUUCUUCUGGGGGAUGCUUCUUGGCUCGCUUGCUGGUGGAUGGAUGUCAGACAAAUUUGGAAGAAAAAAAUGCAUUUUUGGAAGUCUUUUGAUCAUGUCAUUAACUUCUCUUGGCACUGUCUUUGUAAACUCUCCAAUACAUUUAUGUAUUCUUCAAGUUGCAUCUGGUUUUACUGUUGUAGCUGUUAUGCUGAUAAGCCAUACGUUCAGCGUUGAGUUGGUCGGGCCUACAAAGAGAACUAGUGCUGGUAUAGCAGUAGUUAUUGUUUGGAAGGUGGUCGGAGUGUUCACUUUGUUUUUGGUUUGGCUACUCUCUUACUGGAGACAUCUGUUGAUUUUUGCCAGCGUAGCGGGAUUUCUUCUUCUUCCUCUUUAUAAAAUCCUUCCCGAGUCACCUCGCUGGCUUGUCGCUAAUGGUCAACUGGACGAAGCAGAAGCUGUCCUCGUGAAAUUCGGAGCAAAACACAGGAAGACUUUGGACAGGCUGCAACUAAGGGCAACAUUGGAAAAGGUCAGGGAAGCACAGCACAAACGACAAACAUAUCAUGUGGUUGAGAUGGUCAGGACACCACGAAUGCGGAAGUUUACAAUAGUCGUUUGUUUUAACUGGUUUGUUGUGUCUCUGGUGUUUUUUGCUAUGUAUUUGUACGUAACCAGGCUGUUUGGCAAUGUCUACAUCAACACAGGAAUCAUGAAUCUUACCGAUUUGCCUGCACAAGCUCUGAUGUGGCUGUCUAUUGAUCGUUUCGGGCGUCGUAUCACCUAUAGUACCAUCAUAGCCCUUUGUGGAGUAAUUCUCAUUGUAUUGCCCUUUGUUCAAGAAGGCUCCCCAAAGGUUGGGACAGCGCUUGCAAUUGCAGGAAAGUGUUUGAUGGGAGCUGAGUUUACAUUGAUAUAUCUAUUCACAACCGAGUUGUUUCCAACAGUGAUAAGAAACAUAUCUUUGGGUAUGGGAUCGACUACAGCCCGUAUUGGUGCCAUAGUUGCGCCUUUCUUUGUUAUGAUGGCUCAGCUUCCUAACAUCUCCCUCAUUGUUCCGUUGUGUUUAUUCGGAGGUCUUGCGAUGGCUGCAGCGCUCCUGUCUUUAAUGUUACCAGAGACAUUGUUCAAAAACAUGGAGCAGACAGUCGAAGAAGCAGAAAAAGUCGAGCUUGACUACAACAUUCCUUGUUGUGGAAAAAAACACGCAAAAUAUAUUAUGAAUGAAGAGGAAGGGAACCGUGGACAAAAAACAACUGAAAUGUAGGCAAAUUGACACUGGAACUCAUUGGAAAAAAACAUUAAAAUAAUAAAAUGCUUUGAGAAGCCGGACCAUAGGCCGCCCAACUAUUGCUUUAGAGGCUUAAAAGAACGAAUGUGCGCACGCUUUCGAAAUGUAUAUCGGCGCACGCUCUUAGCAAAAUUGCGGAUUACCUGUGGUACUACGUCACGAUCCCUUGCCUCGCGGGUCUACACAUUAAUCUGUGACAAACUCUAGUAUGUACCGUCGAGCAUACCAACCAACGUUUAUAAGGGAGUCGAUCCCCCCGGGGAAACGAAACUUGUUUCGUGCUAAAA